GACUCUGAGAUGGCGUGAUUUGACCUUGGAAGCAAUAUAGAGUGGGCCGGCAUUGCUGCGAAGCAACUAAGUUGCUCUCAAAAUAAAAUUUUAAUUGCAAUUGCAAUUGCAUAAUUGCGUGAUUUCCGAUUUGUGCUCUUCCAUCCUCCACCGAUACGGUCAGAAAUCUUCUCUCCGAUUCCAAAUUCUUUCCCCCAAAUCAGUAGGACUAGUUUAGUUUAUUCAAGAAAUAUGUUUCCCUUUCUGAGCUGUCUUCCCUUUUUAGUUAUGGGAUUUAGAGUUGCGUGGAAAGUUUCCAUCUUUACUUAUAUUGCUCUCAUUCUGUAAUCUUUUACUUGAAAUUAUUGAAGGGCUUUUCCCCCUGCCUGUAUUGUAUUCAACCGUUUUUCUGUUAUUUUAGGAGGAGUUUACUUGAUCAUACACAUGAAUUGAUUGAAUCUGUCCAAUUUACCCCUUGUCAAUAUCAAGCUAGAUAGCUCAAAUUAUGAAUUAGCAAGAGCCUUCAGGAUAUCUUCAAACUUCCAAUCCAUGUUAGUAAACAAUUGAUUAACCUUUGCUAGUUUUGCCUGUCUAGGCUAUUCCUCAUCCUCAAUGGUAAAUGCACCCUUAGGGAGUGUUCUUUCGUGAUCGUUGUGGUAUUCUUUUGUUAUGCCCUUUCACUCAAGCCCGCAAGCGUAAGUGAAAGGGACACAUCAUUGAAUGUAGUAUUGAACGACAAUUUGCGCCUGAGGCUUUUCUUGAAGGAAAGAUGGCUUUCUGUCAAGGAAAUUAUUAUCUACUUAUGGCAACAUAUUUUUAAGAAUAUAAGGUCCACCCGCCUUUCGCUCUGUAUCAGGAUAAAACCAUAGUUUUUUAGAGAAAUGUGUGAUGACAUUUUUCUAUAUCAUAAUUACUUGGAAUUUUGCUUUUGCAUUGCUGUAUGAACUAUGAAGUAAAUGAAGAUUGUAAGGCCUUACCCUUUUCUUUAGGACUUAAUUUGGAACUGAGAGAUUGAAUUUUGUGGAGCAAUAUUUUACAUAGUUUCCUAGAUUUUCUUGAAUUUGAUGCAUAGUUCCUCUUUUUGUUAAUGUAAAGUGUGAAUUUAGUAGUACCUUGUAAUGACUCAGAAUAUCAGCAUUUCCUUUUGCUUUAUCUAAGAAAUGAAUUUUGUAAAGUAUGUUAACAUUAGUUACAAAUGCAUAUGUAAAUUGCACUUUUUAAUGGACAUAUAGAGAUUGGUGGGAUGAGUUGCUUCACCAUUUGCUGUGGGCAAAAAAUAUCUCCCCCUAAGAAGCGAACGACAGAUAUAAACGAAGAAAUUUUUUCAAGUGUUGAAGAUGCUAAGCUGUACAGUUACAGAGAAUUACAAAUAGCUACUCAAAAUUUUAACGUGUCUAACAAGAUUGGCGAAGGCGGCUUUGGUUCGGUCUACAAGGGAAGGCUAAAAGACGGCUCUUUAGUAGCUAUAAAGGUUCUCUCUGCCCAGUCAGAGCAAGGCGUGAAGGAAUUCUUGAAUGAGAUAGUUUCGAUAUCAGGAGUCGAACAUGAAAACCUCGUCAAGUUGUACGGUUGCUGCACGGAAGGGGGCCACAGAAUCUUGGUAUAUGGCUAUCUCGAAAAUAAUAGCCUUGCUCGAACUCUUCUAGGAGGACGAGUCGGCCAUGCUCAGUUCAGGUGGAAAAUACGGUCUCAGAUCUGCAUAGGGGUGGCACAAGGACUCGCCUUCCUUCACGAGGAAGUCCGGCCUCAUAUUAUUCACAGAGAUAUAAAAGCAAGCAAUGUACUCCUUGACAAAGAUUUCAAGGCUAAGAUUUCAGAUUUCGGUUUGGCGAAGCUUUUCCCGACCAACGCGACUCACAUCAGCACGCGUGUUGCUGGGACACAUGGUUAUUUAGCCCCAGAAUACGCGAUUCGUGGAAAGCUGACACGGAAAGCAGACGUGUAUAGCUUUGGCGUUCUCCUAAUGGAAAUCGUCUGCGGAAGGAGCCACAGAGACAAGAGAUUACCAGCCGGAGCACAAAAUCUCCUUGAAAUGGCGUGGACUCUAUACGAGAAGGGCCUGCUGUCCGAGUUGGUUGAUUCAUCGGUGGAGGGGGACUCCAACAUUGACGAGGCUUGCAAAUAUCUCAAGAUCGGGUUUUUAUGCACCCAAGUGAUGCCCAAAACGCGCCCCGCCAUGUCUGUGGUCGCGAAAAUGUUGAAAGGCGAGAUAGAUGUGGACGAUGAGAACAUCACGAAGCCGGCCCUGGUGACACAGCUGCUGGGUCUGACGAGUUCGAGCUACGAACCACACGGAUCAUCGUCGGGCUGGGGAACACAAGAUGGGUCUUCUCCAUUAGAAGCCACAGGUGUGUCUCAUGGGACCAUGACUUUCAGUUCAAUAUAUGAUCGAAGUAAUUAAGUUGAGACAAUGUUUGGAAUAUAUUUAUUGAUAUGGCAAUUUUUGGUUGAGCUCUUUUUGUGAAAAUCUUUGUAUUUCAGUGAUAAUAGUGUAUUUCAGUCUUCUUCAAAUAUGUCAAUUUGAACAAAUUUCGAAUUGCAUUUUUGGAAUGGAAUUAGUUACUGGUUUUGUAUAAUUUAUUUUCUUUAGUUAA